AUGCUCAGCAACACCAGGGGAUAUCAACGCUUCUCCCACACCCUCGGCUUCCACAGCGAUGACCUCUCGAAGCUCAGCAAGGUAUGUCACCAGUGGCGCGAGACAGGCAAGUGCAAGGCGUACAACAGGGAGCAGGAAGUGCGUCGCGAGAUUGCUGCUGCCAAGGAGGCGGAGCUGCUAAAGAAGGCGACCGCCCUCUACACCAUGCACAUGGAACUCAUGGCAGACAUGGCCGGUGCCGACGGGGGCGACGCUGAGGCGCUGGAGCUGGUGCAGGGCGCCAUGUCACGCGGUAGCUUCCCUACCGACCCCGCCAAGCGGGAGGAAGCAAUCGGCAAGCUUGUCGAGGAACUGAAGCAGGAGCCGGUCUACCUCAACUGGAGCCUCGAUGCCGCAGUGGCGGAGCGGCUCGUGGAGCUCAAGGUGAAACGGUGCCCGUACAAUCAUCGCGGGGAUCUGAACUUAGCGCUGAAGCGCGGCCGCAACGAGGAGGACGAGGAGGAGAUGCAGCACCGGAGUGAAGAAGAGGUGCUGAGAGGAUCUUCCACCAACGGCGCAGCAGCUGCGUCCUCAUCAUCGGCGGUAGCCGCCACCACAGCCGCAGGACCGACGAAGGCCGCUGGCGACAACAGCGACGGUGGCUGGGCUGCAGCGAGGCACCGCAUCUUCCGAACCCUCACGCCGCUUCAGCGCUGCGUCGUGUGUCUGCUGUGGCAACGCACCUUCCAGGUGGCGCAAGGACUGGUAAUGGACGUGCGGCUGGCGUUGGAGAAGCGGGUAACGGCGCAGCACAAGGCCACUGGCAGGGUGGAGCCGCCGUCGAUUCCGAGCAGCGGCGUGGCGGCACAGUCAUUGUCCCAUCGCCCACAUGGCGGCAGCCAGAACGACGUGAAGAACGCGGACAGCGAAGAUGCGUUGGAGGCGUACCUCAGCUCACCUGACUUCGAGGAACUGGUGGAGCGAGAGACGAAGCGGGUGGUGCCGCGCGUGGCCUUUCGGCCCGAGUUCGGACUCGUUGAUCUGAGUGCUCUGCCGCAGCUCGUGGCGCACCUAAGCGCCCACCCGACAUGCGGCAUCUUUCUAGCGCGCACGCUGACAUACUUUACUGGCAAGGCGCUGAAGCGUGACGGCUCCUCGCCGUCCGCAGCACCAGCCGCAGCAUCGAGUCUCUCCAAGCACCAGAGCGACGACGCGCCGGCCCCCGAAAGCUUUCACCACCUUCUCUUCCCGAGCCGCAAGCGCAUCACGGAAAAGGAGCUGGACCUCAGCACCAGCACCUGCGCCGAUGAAGUGAUGGAGGCGAUCGAGUGGGCGCUGCACGUGUACCACCGCGAUGCACAAUCGCACGCCGAAACCGAGAGGGCGGAAGGCAAGGGUGAGUUGGGUAUGACCGGCGACGAGCGCCGAUUGUGCAAGGCAAGCGACACCGCAUCGGCUCACGUCACGGCGCUGUUCCGCCAUCAGCGCAUCCGCCUACACGGGCUCACGCUGUCACAUUGCCAGAUUACCUCGGCAGACGGCAUCGUGGAGUCACUGCAUAAACGGCACCUGGAGCAGUACCUGUACGCGCUCGACCUCUCAGAGAACCGGCUGUGGUCGCUGCGCUUCCUGCUGGUGCUACGGGCCCACUACGCUCGCCGCCUGCUGCGCCUCUCUCUCCGUAACAACCCCAUCACGCGCAAGCCCGAGUACCAAGAACAAGUGCGCGCCUCACUGCCGCAGCUGACCUCCCUCGACAGCGAGCCGAUCCGCCGUCCCCCACUGAGGCUUCCAAAGCCGUGGCCGACCUCGUGCACGCGCUGGAUCUCCGACGAGGGGAUGCCGGAGCAUCAGGAACAGGAGUCGGUGCUCGACUGCGUGGCGCGCCUCCUGUACAUCUGGGAGACGCGCCGCAUCCCCCACACCGCGAGGGAGUUGGCCGCCUUCCGUAACGCCGACCGUCCAGCCCCGGUGGAGGAGGCGCUCAACGAGGACAACUUCCCGCACCGCUACCUCCACCCGGCCGCCGCCUUCAGCGUGACCGUGUCGCCGAACCUCAGCUUCUACGACGCAGCCACCAUGCGGGAUGCGCGCAGCGUGGAGCUCGAUAAGGGAUACACUGGCAUGCGGCUGAGCGCCGUGGACGUGCGCGACGCGCGUGUGUUCAAUGUUGCCAUGAAGAACAGCUCACGCAACCUGCUGGCUGGUCGGCAGGCGCUGCAGCGCUUCGGCCGCGGUGCCGAGAACUGCUACAUGGCCUACCAGCUCACCCUCUACCCGGAGAGGAUGGACGUGUCGCACCACCUGACGGACGCCGUCGUGUCGGUGGCACGGGUGCCGGAAGUCGUUACCGCCGCGGUGUCUGGAGGCAAAGCAGCAGCGUCCGUAGCGACAACCACAGCAGCGUCUGGGAAGCGCGAGAAGAGUGCCGCCGAUCCUGGCGUCGCUAGAGCCGCAGGCUCUCGCAAGACGUCGAGCCACGGCAACCCCACGAGUGCGCGCUUCGGCGCCCUUGCUCACCGCAGCCCUCCGUUGCAGCAGCAUGUGGUGACGCUUCAUGGCAUCAUGACGUGGCGGCUGCCCAGUAUGAAGCGUAACGAGUGCCUGCAAGCAUCCUACACACGGGUGUUGACCCUCACCAAGAAGGUGCUGCCUGACCAGAACCGCGAGUGGGAACGGCUGCGCAGCCCUCCCUAUGUGCUCAUGAACGACCAGGUCUUCUUGUACCCGGCGCCGACUGCUGGUGCGGCGGUGGCGACCGCUGCGCUGCUGCCUUCGGUGUUCGUGGCAAACACGGCGACGCGUCUGUCACGGCUUGUCGUGGAAUUUGGGCUAGAGGCGUGCCGCGAUGGCGUGGCGCUCGUGCGCGACGUCAUGGAGCGCUGCACAAGCCCCGCCUCCGAGUAUGCUGCGCUACAGGCGCUGGUGCUCGGCGUGCUUGGCCCUCGCGAGGAGACCGACGAGGCCGAGGAAGCAGCGCAGCUGGCAUGCGCUCAGGCAGCAGAGGCACAGCUGACGCCCCUCUUCGCCGACUAUCUUCGCCGUUCGCCGCCACCUGCGACGGCGCAAUCUCGCGAGUACACGAUCUUCUCGAUGCUGGAUUGUGCAGCGGCGACGACACCGGUGGAGCCGGCAGCGCGCACAACGGGAUCAACGCAGCACCAAAGCAAUGUGACGUCAGCCGUGAGGAGGUUGAAAGCACCCGCGAUUGCUGCUGCCCCAUCUGCAGUGCACGUCGUCUCGCUGCCACUCCUGCACCAGGUGACGGCCAUCACCAACGUAUGCUAUACGUUGUCCUUUCACUGA